AUGGCACUCGUUAAUGACCAUUCCAACAAACCUAAUUACAUCACAAAACAAAACUCCUCAUCCUCCGAAGAUCUCUCUUCACCGGAGAAUUAUGGUUUGGAUCAGCCGGAGGCAGCUUAUACCGGAGGAGGAGGAGGAGCUUCGGCUUCGAGUAGUAGCACGAUGAAUUCAGAUCAUCAGCAAAACCAAGGCUUCUUAUUUUACCCAUCCGGUGAAUCCAUUGAAGAUCACAACUCUUUGAUGGAUUUCAACGGAUCAUCAUUUCUUAACUUCGACCACAAUGAUCAUCACGAGAGCUUUCCUCCUCCAGCCUGUGGUGGUGGCGGUGGCUUCUCUUUUUUGGAAGGCAGUAACAUGAGCUAUAGCUUCACAAAUUGGAGUCAGCAACAGGUGGAUAUUAUUAGCCCUAGACCCAUCGAAUCUCCGGGGACAAACCACGGCCAUAAAGACUGGUUAUACUCUGAUUCAACUGUUGUAACCACUGGUUCUAGGCACGAGUCUAUGUCCCCUAAAUCCGCUGGAAACAAACGUUCUUACACGGGAGAGAGCACUCAACCCUCAAAGAAACAGAAUAGCGGCGCGAAUGGGAAGGCCAAGCCUAAGCCAACAACUUCACCUAAAGAUCCUCAAAGCCUAGCAGCCAAGAACCGAAGAGAAAGGAUAAGUGAACGUCUCAAGAUAUUGCAAGAACUUGUACCUAAUGGCACCAAGGUUGAUUUGGUGACGAUGUUAGAGAAGGCUAUUAGUUAUGUCAAGUUUCUUCAAGUACAAGUGAAGGUGCUUGCGACCGAUGAGUUUUGGCCGGCACAAGGAGGAAAAGCUCCAGACAUUUCUCAAGUUAAAGACGCCAUUGAUGCCAUUCUCUCCUCAUCACAACGGGACAGGAAUCCGAAUCCGAUCACCAAUUAA